CAUUUGUCUUCUUAUUUCUAAUUUGCAGAGAUACAUAAAUGGAGUCUCCUCGUUCUGAAUUUAAGUUCCCCCCAAAUUUGUGGGGUGAUCAGUUCAUCGAUCACUUUCCUGACCCCAAGUAUUUAGAAAAAUACCUCGAAUCAAUGGAAGAAGUGAUAAGUGAAGUGGAACGUCUGCUAACAUCUCCGGAAUCCACAAUGAGAGAAAUCAUGAAUAUUAUCGACUACCUUGAGCGCCUUGGUUUUUCGUAUCGUUUUGAAAACGAAAUCGAAGAAAAAUUGCAAGAACUUUUCCUUCUCAAUAUUGAUUAUGAUCAUGAUGAUUUGUUCACAGUUGCUCUCCAUUUUCGAUUAUUCAGGCAACACGGCCACCGUAUAUCUACUGACGUAUUUCUUAAAUGGAUGGACGAGAAUGGUAAGUUCCGAGAGAGCAUUAAGAGCGACGUGAAGGGUAUGCUGAGAUUGUACGAAGCUUCACACGUUGGAACGGAUGGAGAAACCAUACUAAACGAGGCGCUUGCUUUUACUACAGACGCUCUAGAAUCAAUGGUGCGAAACCUCGAAUCACCCCUCAAGGAGCACGUUGAGCGUGCCCUUGUGCAGCCCUUGCACUUGGGGAUUCAGAGACUUGAAGCACGAAGUUACAUCGGCAUCUACGAAGAACUAAACGGCACUGACGAUGACUUAGCCAACGUUGCCAAAAUAGAAUACAACCUAUUGCAGAUUCUACACAGAAAGGAGCUCCAGCAAGUCUCAAGGUGGUGGAAUGAAUUAGGGCUUAUCUCCAAACUUCCCUAUGCAAGAGAUAGGAUAGAGGAAUGUUUCUUUUGUGCUGUGGGAGUGUACCAUGAGCCUCAAUAUUCUCGUGCCCGUGUCAUUCUGGCCAAGAGCGUUGCCAUCGCAUCUUUAAUAGAAGACACAUACAAAGCUUAUGGUAAGAUUAGGGAGCUUGAGGUUUUCACCGAGGCAAUACGGAGAUGGGACUCCGAAGAAAUAUGUGGACUCCCCGAGUACAUGAGACCUCUCUAUGAAGCUAUCUUGGAAUUCUACACUCAAUUGGAAGAAGAAUUAGCUAAGGAAAGACGAUCCUACGCACCAAACUAUGCCAUAAAAGGAUUAAAGGAAUUGGUGAAGUACUACUUAGAGGAGGCGAAGUAUUACAUAAGGGGUAAACUGCCACCAUUUUUUGAACGCGUAAGGUUUGGUAUGAUUACAAGCACCUUCGGUUAUCUGGUCCCCUCUUCUUUUCUGGGAAUAGAAUCUGCUCGAAAGGAAGACUUCGAGUGGAUAAGUGACAAGCCUAAAAUACUUGAUGCCACACUCAUAAAUGGUUGCUUACUUAACGACAUUGGUUCUUAUGAGUUUGAGAUGGAGAGUGGUCACAUUGCCAUGGGGAUUGAAAGCUACAUGAAAGAUAUGGAUGUGACAAAAAAUAGGGCGGUGCGCGAAUUCACAAAAUUAUCUAGUCGUGAAUGGGAAAUUUGCAACGAGGAGAUGCUAAGGCCGUCUUUUUAUAAAUCUAGGGAUCUUCUUACACGUAUCUUCAAUUUUAACCGCGUAGCAUAUGUCACUUUCAAAGACAAAGAGAAUGGAUACACUCAACCCUUGAAGACUCAUAUCCUUGCCAUGUUGGUUGAUGCAUUUGAGAUUAGUCAGUCAUUUGCUACGAAUUGAGUGACAUUUCAAAUACGUGUGCCUUUUUUUAGUUGUAUGGGUGUGAUAUCAAUCAAAUCCUAUAAAAGAAGAUAUGUGGAGUAAUGCAAUGUAGUAGUUCCUAUAUAUUCUUUCAAUUCAACAUUUACUUUCCGCA